ACGACGUCAUUUCCGUGUAGAGUGCUGGCGGGAAAAGAGAGUGGAGCCCCAUCAGUCCGGGACGGGUCUGGUUCUACCUCUGGUUCUGCUUCUCGUGUCGUCCCGGUCCAGCUCUCCCCGACCCCGGCUCUUCCAGCCCGCCCAGCCCGUCCAGCCUCCACAUGCCCCGGGUCCUGAACGCCGUGGUGGCCGCCUGUCCCGACCUGGGCAUCGGCCACCGGGGCCAGCUGCCCUGGCACCCGCUCCGCCUCAGUAAGGAGUUUGCACAUUUCAGGAGGUUGACAUCGUCGUCGGAGGAAGGAAAGCAGAACGUGGUGAUCAUGGGCAGGAAGACCUGGUUCUCCAUCCCGGAGAAGAACCGACCUCUGAGGGACCGGAUCAACAUCGUCCUCAGCAGGGAGCUGAAAGCGCCCCCUGCAGGAGCUCACCACCUGGCAGCAGACUUCAGCUCCGCCCUGGCGCUGGUGGAGACGCAGCUGUCCGAGCGGGCCGACCAGGUGUGGGUGAUCGGAGGCAGCUCCCUCUACCAGGAGAUGAUGGAGAGCCGGGCACCCACGAGACUGUUUGUGACACAGAUCCUGAAACAGUUUGAGUGCGACACGUUCCUCCCCGACAUCAGUCCAGACAAGUUUGUCCUCCUGCCCGAGUUUCCAGGAGUUACACGGGAGCUUCAGGAGGAGAACGGCAUCCAGUACAGAUUUGAAGUUUACGAGAGCGUCCAGCAGUGAUGGAGAUGAAAUCAGCUGUACAGACAAGGAUAACUGAGGUUUCUGUCCCGGUGAUGUGAUGUAUGACUGCAGGGAAUGGCUUUUAAAUAAACUGCUGUUGGGCUUUCA